AUGUCUGUCUCUAGGUGUCUGUUACAGUGUUCGGUGUGGCAGGACUGGAUGUUCAGUCUGGGUUACAUUAACCCCAAGAGCCCAGAGGAACAGAAGAUAGCAGAGAUGGUCUAUAACAUCUUCAGGAUCCUGCUCUACCACGCCAUCAAGUAUGAGUGGGGGGGUUGGAGGGUCUGGGUGGAUACGUUGUCCAUCGCUCACUCCAAGGUAACGUACGAGGCCCAUAAGGAGUACCUGGCUAAGAUGUACGAGGAGUACCAGCGACAGGAGGAGGAGAACAUCAAGAAGGGAAAGAAAGGUUCCGUCUCCACCAUCUCCGGCCUCUCGGCCACGCCCGCCCCCGUCGUCAACGGCGACCUGGAGAUCCGCGAGCUGGACGACCACUCACAGACGCAGACCCCAGAAAGCGAGGCCGAGUACGGAGAGGGAGGAGGAGUGGAUUCCAGGAACCGGCUCGCUGAAGGAGGGGUGGAGACGAAAGGACCCAACGGGGAGGCGUUGACCCCUGGGGAGCAGGGGUUAGGGGAAAGGGUCGAAGUUCAUGACCUCCUGGUGGAUAUCAAGGCGGAGAAGGUAGAGGCUACGGAGGUCAAAUUAGAUGACCUGGAUCUAUCCCCGGAAGGGACGGUGGGAAGAGGAGGGAUGGAGGGACUGGGUGGAGGAGGGAUAGGAGGACGGAGGAUGGAGGGACUGGGGAUUGGAGGAGGAAGGAUGGAGGGACUGGGUGGAGGAGGGAUAGGAGGGAUUGGAGGAGGAAGGAUGGAGGGACUGGGUGGAGGAGGGAUAGGAGGGAUUGGAGGAGGAAGGAUGGAGGGACUGGGUGGAGGAGGGAUUGGAGGGAUAGGAGGAGGAAGGAUGGGGAACGGGCCCCUGGUGGAGGUAGACUCCCUGUUGGACAGCGCCUACUGUGUUGUGGUGCGGAAGCUGAAUGGCAACCACAGUAACCUGGUGCCUAAAGAUGACACGGUGGUCACGGGGGCGGGGCCUGACGCCAUGGAGGAUGAUGGGAACAUGGGUCCGCUCAUCACCCUCGCUGACGAGAAGGACAGCGUCCCGAACAACAGAGGAUUCCUCUUCAGCAAGGUUGAUGAGAAGCUUCUUCCAGCGCUGGCUUCCACAGAACCCCUGGUCCUUCCCAGCCCGGACCAGCCCCUCUCCUCAGGCCCCGUCCACUCCUCCACCUGCCCCAGCGAUGACCUGAGUCUUCUGGCCCACAUGACCUCAUGCGGAGGCUCAGACCUGAGCCAAGCCCAGGGAGGGCUACCCGAAGACGGGCCCUUCAAUAUCCAGAGUCCCCUGGCUGACAUCAGCUCCAUCGCCCAGAGAGAGAGCCAGGCAGCUGAGAUCCAGGGCUACCCAGAGGUAGAGGUCCCGUCUGGGGCAGAUGGAGAGGUGGCGGGGGGUAAGGCUGGAGGUGACGCGGCUAGCACCACAUCUGAUACUGAAAGGUCUGAUGAUGGGAAGGAGAAAGAGAUGGAGAAGAUACAGACCACCGCUACUACUCAGGCACUCCGUGGUCAUCCGGCGGCCCAGUCAGAGCGUGACCUGCGUGUGGACCUGGCCUUUAGAGGGAUGAUGACAGAACCCAUGACGGAGGAGCAGCGACGCCAGUUCAGCCCCGGGCCUCGCACCACCAUGUUCCGUAUCCCAGAGUUUAAGUGGUCGCCCAUGCAUCAGCGUCUCCUCACAGACCUGCUGUUCGCCCUGGAGACCGACGUGCACGUGUGGAGGGGCCAUUCGACCAAGUCAGUGAUGGACUUUGUGAACAGCAAUGAGAACAUCAUCUUUGUCCACAACACCAUUCAUCUCAUCUCUCAGAUGGUGGACAACAUCAUCAUUGCCUGUGGAGGAAUCCUUCCUCUACUCUCUGCUGCCACCUCCCCCUCUAGUUCAAAGGUUGAGUUAGAGAACAUGGAGUUGACCCAGGGCAUGUCUUCAGAGACGGCGGUGUCCUUUCUGUCUCGACUCAUGGCCAUGGUGGACGUUCUAGUGUUCGCCAGCUCCCUCAACUUCUCUGAGAUAGAGGCUGAGAAGAACAUGUCCUCUGGAGGUCUGAUGAGACAGUGUCUACGACUGGUAUGUUGUGUAGCAGUGAGGAACUGUCUAGAGUGUAGACAGAGACAGAGAGAUAGAGGCUGUUUCUCCAAGUCCAACCUGCCCAGCAGCAAGUCACAGGACAAUCUACAGAGUGCAGCCGCAGCCAGCAAGGUUAUAACUCCUCUGGCCUUGCUUCUCCAGGAUCCAGACAGACUCCUACAGGAUGUUGACAUCAACCGCCUAAGAGCCGUGGUCUUCAGAGACGUGGAUGACAGUAAGCAGGCUCAGUUCCUGGCCCUGGCGGUGGUCUACUUCAUAUCUGUCCUCAUGGUGUCAAAGUACCGGGACAUCCUGGAACCACAGAGAGAGAUUGGCAGGUCCAGCAGCCUAUCAGGGAGGAGCAUCCGCCACGAGAUCAACUCCCCCACCAGCACAGAGCACCCAUCGUCCUCCUUCCCUGAGGGUGGUCAGGGGGAGAAGCAGAUUCCCACCCCCAUGGAUGACUCUCCGCUUGCCUCUUUGCCCCACACCGACUCAGGAAUCGGGGAGGAGGGCCAUGGCCCUGGGGGUCUGAACGGAGCAGAGCUGGGCCUGGGGCUGGGCAUGGCAGGCAGGGAGACAGACAGAGACAGAGAGAGGGAUCUACUGUGUACCCUGUCAUCAGAGGUUAUAAGGUCAAGGGAGAGCCUAUUUGAUUCGCCCCACAACCCUAACUCUGCCUCCAAUCCUGGUCAAGCCCCGCCCUCGUCAAUCUCGAGCAUCAGCCAGCCUAACAAGGGCAUCAACGUCAAGGAGAUUCUGAAGAGCCUUGUGGCCGCGCCCCUGGACGGUGGGGAUGCGGGACAUGAAGUUGGCCCCACCCCCUACCACCCUGAUCCCGCCCUCAAGACACACCCAAUGCAGUUCCACUCCUUCGACAGGUCGGUGAUGGUGCCAGUCAAGAAGCCCCCUCCCGGCGGCCUGUCAGUGAACACAGUGGGCACGUCCAUCGCCAGCGGAGCGGUCACACCAGGAAGUACACCUAACAUAUUCGCAGCUGCUACGGCAACGCCCAAGAGCAUGAUCAACACCACAGGUGCCACAGAGUCUGCCUCCUCUUCCUCCUCCUCUUCCUCAUCCUUCGUUAACGGAGCGACCAGUAAGAACCUACCAGCCGUACAGACAGUGACUCCCAUGCCCGAGGACACCGUCGAGAACAUGAGUGUCUAUUGUGAGGUGGAGCAGUGUGUGCUGCGCAGUGGUUUGCCGCCCCCUGAGCUCAAGCCCUUUAGCUCUCUGGCAGGCUUCCAGACAGCCCCCCGCGAUGCAGGACAGUGUCUUAGUAUCACCACUAAGUUGGAGCGUGCCCUGGAGAAGGUGGCUCCCCUGCUGAGGGAGAUCUUUGUGGACUUCGCUCCGUUCCUCUCUAGGACCCUGUUGGGUAGCCACGGCCAGGAGCUGCUCAUUGAAGAAUGGAAGCCUGCUGGUACCUGGUUCUCCUAUCAGAAUGGAAGCCUGCUGCUACCUGGUCAUCCUAUCAGAAUGGAAGCCUGCUGCUACCUGGUCAUCCAAUCGGAAUGGAAGCCUGCUGGUACCUGGUUCUCCUAUCAGAAUGGAAGCCUGCUGGUACCUGGUUCUCCUAUCAGAAUGGGAGCCUUCUGCUACCUGGUUCUCCUAUCAGAAUGGAAGCCUGCUGCUACCUGGUCAUCCUAUCAGAAUGGGAGCCUUAUGCUACCUGGUCAUCCUAUCAGAAUGGGUCCUGCUGCUACCUGGUUCUCCUAUCAGAAUGGGGCCUGCUGCUACCUGGUUCUCCUAUCAGAAUGGAAGCCUUCUGCUACCUGGUUCUCCUAUCAGAAUGGAAGCCUGCUGCUACCUGGUUCUCCUAUCAGAAUGGAAACCUUCUGUUACCUGGUCAUCCAAUCAGAAUGGAAGCCUGCUGGUACCUGGUUCUCCUAUCAUAAUGGAAGCCUGCUGGUACCUGGUCAUCCAAUCAGAAUGGAAGCCUGCUGUUACCUGGUUUUCCUAUCAGAAUGGAAGCCUGCUGGUACCUGGUUCUCCUAUCAGAAUGGAAGCCUGCUGGUACCUGGUUCUCCUAUCAGAAUGGAAGCCUGCUGCUACCUGGUCAUCCUAUCAGAAUGGAAGCCUGCUGCUACCUGGUCAUCCAAUCGGAAUGGAAGCCUGCUGGUACCUGGUUCUCCUAUCAGAAUGGAAGCCUGCUGGUACCUGGUUCUCCUAUCAGAAUGGGAGCCUUCUGCUACCUGGUUCUCCUAUCAGAAUGGAAGCCUGCUGCUACCUGGUCAUCCUAUCAGAAUGGGAGCCUUAUGCUACCUGGUCAUCCUAUCAGAAUGGGUCCUGCUGCUACCUGGUUCUCCUAUCAGAAUGGGGCCUGCUGCUACCUGGUCCUCCUAUCAGAAUGGAAGCCUUCUGCUACCUGGUUCUCCUAUCAGAAUGGAAGCCUGCUGCUACCUGGUUCUCCUAUCAGAAUGGAAACCUUCUGUUACCUGGUCAUCCAAUCAGAAUGGAAGCCUGCUGGUACCUGGUUCUCCUAUCAUAAUGGAAGCCUGCUGGUACCUGGUCAUCCAAUCAGAAUGGAAGCCUGCUGUUACCUGGUUUUCCUAUCAGAAUGGAAGCCUGCUGUUAGUAACGAUGAAUUAG